AUGUCACAGCAGCAAAUUUCACGUGAAUCCUUCUUACCAUCAACGAAAUGCUCACAUUCUGAUGACUGUCACCAUAAUCGUCCUGUACGUUCAUUUAUCUCUUUACCUGAUAUCAAAGAAGCUACUAUCGAAGAAAACGAUAGUAGUAGUUGUAGCAGUUCUGUGGAACAUAAUCAGAAAGCUGUCGUCAAUUUUUAUGAUCAAAAUAUUCGAAAAUCUCCGAAACAGAACUUGGAACUUGAAAGUAGCAACAAUUCUGUCGUAGUGGAUCAUCUCAUAGCAAAUGAAAAUGUUCGGCGGUAUUGUCAUGAACAAAUGGUGACACCAUGUUCUGCAGAUACUUCCAAAUCUUCUAUAGUACAGACAUUGCAUCCAUCAGAAAACAUCGAUGUAAACAUAAAUGCAAAUCAAACCCCUCAUUCUGUUGAAAAAAUUCAAAAACCAACGAUAUCAAUAAUUGCUGUCCAAAUUACGAAUCCAAAUUCACAUCGUCGAGUUUAUAAAAUGGACAACGAUUUUGACAAUUCUUCUGAUUCUGAUCCGUUUGUAUCUACACUGAAUUAUUCGAGUGAUUUCAGUAAACAACCAAAAUCUAUCCUAAAACAACGACAAGUAGCAGAAUCUCUGUUAUCACCAUCUACCUGUGAUAUCAGUGAUAAUACAUCUGAGCGUUAUGUUGAAAGGAUUCAAAUUAGUGACACUAGUGAUAAGAAAGAAAAACAACAAUUCAACGAUCAAUGCUGUGACAUAUCCGAUCGAAUGAGUCAAUCUUCUCAUUCUUUCAAUCUCAGUUCAAAUUUGACUGAACGCGAGAAUAGGCUAUAUCAAAUUAUGCAGGAAAAUCUGCGACAACAAAGAUUGUUACGACGACCUCAAACACCACGUCAUCUUCCGCAAGCCUCGUUUAAUGGACCUUUCUUUACUCUCGAAGAAGUUCACAUCAAGCAGCAAAGUGAAUCAUUGGAAAGACAACAAAUUCCUGUUGAAGAGUAUCGUUUUGAAACUGAUUAUCACUUAAUCAGAAAAGAGCAACAAAAUUCUAUCGAUGAUUCGAACCACAAAUUAAGCUAUGAUAGUCGAUCAAAAUCGGUAUCAGUAAUGGAAAUGAAUGUAAUGGAACCUGAAAAAAAUAACGAAAUUAAAGAAAGUGUUGUUGUUCCAUCACUACAGCCAGCAAAACAAAAACAUGAACGUGCUCGAUCGGUUCCACCAUCAUUAAGAACCAGAAAUAUUACUGAUCCGGAUCGAAUUAAUGAGUACCAUCGACAGAAGCAACUUGAACUGGAAGCUAUGAGACUUAAUGAGGAAAAGGCUGUUUUAUGCAGAGAGAAGCAGUGUCGUGCUUUGGAAAAACAAGAACAUUUGUAUUGUCAACAAAUGCAAACAAAAGGAAGUAGAAUAAUUAGUCCAGCAAUAGAGGACUCAAUGACACAAUCUCGUGAAGAAUUACAACAGAUCGAUAUUAAUGCUCAAAAACGACAAAAAGAAUUUUACUUUGAGAAGAAUAUAGAACCACAAUUGAUGCAUGUUUAUGAAACGCGUCCUAUUACGGCGACAUCUGAAGGUGACACACAAGGUGAACUUAUCUGCUCUCCAAAUUCGAUAACCUGGAAACGAGUGUACAUUGUUGAUCAAUUAAAACCAGUUGCUAAAAAUGAAAUUAUCACCAGUGAACAACUUCUUGAAAAAGAACGAUUCGAUAUUGACUUAUUAAAGCGCCGUGAAGUAUUUAUUGAAAAACCAAGACCUGAACCGGUAAUUUUCCGAACUGGGAAACGAUGGAAACCACCACCGGAACAGUCUAAUGUUUGGCCAUAUGUUGGUAAAGCAUUAAAUGCUGAGCCAAGCCUUGAAAGUAGUAGUAACUACUCUACAGAUAAUGCAACAGGUCGAACAGCUGAAUUCCGAUGGCAACCAGUUGUCUAUGAUCCGGAAUACAAACAGGAAUGUAAGAAUUUCAGUCCGGAACAUUCAUUACCUGAUACAUUACGAGGAUAUGGUCCUGGUCCAUUAGAUGAAUCUGCAAAACGUCAAAUCAGGCAUGUUGUUCAACCGUUACCUGAUGGUAGUCAUAGACCGAAACCAGCAUUCGGUGGUCCACGUGCUACACCAUCUGGUGGCUUCUAUCCUCAUGCACCAAAUGCUAUUAAGGUACUGAAAAAGAAGCAUUCACAAAGCUUACCGGAAUUAAUUGAUGCGGAUCCGGAUAAGGAAAUGGAAAUUAUCCAUCAUAGAAAAUUUCAUCGAUUUGGAGAGUUACCAUCUUCGCGAUGCUAUGAUAUAGCUGAUUGGGAAAAAAUCUACGACUUGCCAGUACACACAUCCACGAUAACGUCACGUGACAUACCUCGUAACGUGAAUGUACGUGGAAAGCUUGCAGCAUUUGAAAAUAAGCUAAGACUAACAACUCCUUCAGUUCAUUUACGUUCAAAUACAGGUAACACACGUUGUUCACGUGCAACUAAUAUCGAUGAUGGCUUGCAGUCAUCAGACAAUGAACAAAUGAACCGAAAUCGACAGUAUUUACGACAACAACGACACCGACAACAACAAUUUUCGCCAACUAUAGCACGCACUGAUAAUAAUAAUUAUUAUAAUCAUCGAUCAUAUCAGAUAAAUAAGCAGCAACGAAAUGAACGGAAAAUAAUUCCAUCCGGUGGUUCAUUAACUCAUCAUAUCGAUCAUUGCAACGUAAAUCAAACCAAUCGAUUAUGUUCAAUCAGUCAUCCUGAUAACUGUUAUCAAUUUAAUCGUGAGAUGUUAUCACAAAAAUUAACACGUCCUAUACGUGAUCCUUCAGAACACAGUCAUUAUCAGUAUCGCAUUCCUGUUUUUCGUUCUGAUCGUACGUCAACUGCAUAUGAGCAGCAGCAGCAGCAAUUAUCAGCAAAAUCACAAGCUGCUCCACGUCGUCUAACACGUAUACCUGUGAAUUGUGUCGCAGAUCGAAGUAAUCCUCAAACAGCCAGUGGAAGACCAAAAAAUAAUAGUGACUUAGAUCAAUUAGCACAGUUGAAUGAGAGACUUUUGGAACGAUCUAGAGGAAGGCGAACAGACUACAAACUUAUUGAUUCUGAAAUUAUUAAAAGUGCACCUGAACCAGUUCCAGCUGCUGUUAAGGAGCAAAUACGUGAUAUGCUUGAAUCACGCAUUUCAAAUGAUACAUCAGUUAAUUCAACCAUUCCACAACAGGAUCGAUCCGGUUAUGUUACGGAUGCUUCAUCAGCUACCUGGCAAUUCUCAUCCCAUUCAUUUUCACCUCGUUCCAUUGUUUCGGUAAAUGGUGGUGCCAAGGAUGGCUUGCUCAAGGUACGUACCGAUCUGUCCCCAGGCUUAUGGCGUACCCUUUCCCGUUCCAAUGCCGCCGUACAAACUGCGCACAUUGAGAGUGAGAAACAACAUUGGCCCUAUAUGCCGUCACGUUUGGGUCCCGUAACGGAUUCAGCGCAGUCCACAAUGACGCGUGAAUUCAACGAGAAUUUCGAGAGACGCAUCGAACGUUACGCUUCGUUGCCAACACUGGAAAGUGAUACACGUGGAACAUUGAUUAAGAUUAAGGAUGAUAAGCCUCGAGGUAUUAUGAAGCGUCGUGAGCUUGAAACAAAGGAUCAAAUGAUGUAUGCAGAGGAACCACGACAGGUAGUUCGAACAACUGAUCAGUGGGAUGAACGACGAAUUGCUGCAGCGAAGCCAAAAGUAACAGAAACAAUACAAAGAGUGGAAGAGCAUAAACGAAUUGAAGAAAUUGAAAGACGUGUGCAACGGAAAGAGAAAAAAGAAAAGAAAAAUCGUACCUCUCAUCGAAGUUAUCACCAUCAGCACCGCGGUGGCAGAGGUGAAACUUAUGCAUAUAAUGGAUAUAGUGAUGAAGGUUAUCGUAGUAAUUCAUUAUCACGACAAAAUGGUUAUUUACCUGCACAUGAAAGUUAUAUGCGAUCUGUAACGACACGUCGUGAAAAAGAUGGACGUUAUUAUGAUGACGGACGUCUGAUAACAAACGGAAGCUUUUCAAAUGCACGUUACGGUUCGUCAUUAUCCGAUAGUUUAAGACGUGGAGAAUUACGUUAUAAUCCGAACGGUGAUAUUCGGGAAGUACACCAUAGCUCAUCGAAUCGAAAUGGACGAAUUCAUAAAAGUCUUUCGACUCGUGAUGUAUAUGAUUCGGGUACAGCUUUCAACUAUGACGGUGACUAUCAUCGUUCAUCAUCCUAUCGUCGUGGUAGUCAACAAAGUGGCGGUCCUUUUGUUGAAUUUCCACCAACGUUACCUCGUGAUCGUGAUGCACCAAUACCGCCACCACAUCGUGCAAGAGCACCAUCCGAUGACUUCUACAGGCCAAUUACGAAGAGUCGAAGUUACGCAGACUGGGAUGAGGGACGUGGCUUUUCACAAUCGAUCAGACGACGUAAUGAAGAUAUGGCUCGAUUGGAGAAUGAAUUUCGUGAUUCUCUGCUAAUGCCACUGCCAAAUAUGUCCAAUAAUAGUGGUAAUAUGUAUGAGCGUGAUCAUCGUCAUGAGCAAAUACCCGGUGGUUAUGAGACUUAUGAUCGAGAAGUUAAGAGUAGCAGUGGUCGUCGCAUCAAUAAAGAUGGAAAUCCCACUGAGUAUAAGGAGCAAUCACAAGAAUGUAGUUACAAACGUGAAACAGAAACGGAUCGUAGACGUUAA